UGAAAAGGAGGUGGAACAGUUCGAAGACGAUAAUCGAGCGCGGCGUGCGGCAGAGGCUGAAGUGUUUCCGUAUUGUUAAUUAGUUUGUUUUCAUUUAUUUACCCGUUUAAAUAAUUUCACACGGUGAACAUAGUUGAGGUAACGUGUCAGCGCGUCCGGCGAUAAAAAUUUGUCUACAAAAUGUUGAAUAAAACAGUUAAAUAAUAUGACAUACUAUCGAUUCAUAGUCUGAUUGGUUGAACCAGUGUUCAAUGAAAGUAUGGCCGCCCUGCCAUCACCCACGCAGGUGGCUGGAAGCCAUACUGCUAUAUAUGAAGCCUAUUAUAAUCAGGUCGAUCCAAAUGGAUAUGGGCGAAUCGGUGCGAUGGAAGCUGCGAGAUUUCUUAAGAAAUCCCAGCUGAGCGACAUUAUAUUAGGCAAAAUAUGGGACAUGGCAGAUCCUCAGUCACGUGGAUCAUUAGAUAAGUCUGGUCUCUUCGUCGCUCUUAAACUGUGCGCGUUAGCCCAAGCAGGGAGAGAGCCUAGUAUGUCAAAUUUAAGUUUGGAAGUGCCACCACCGAAAAUGGGUGAAAUUCCUAUAGUACCUCCUAAGAAUGUAGUGAAUACCUUACCGGUAAUAACAUCUGUGACUAAUGGAGAUUGGUCUAUCAAGCCUUCGGAAAGAGCUAAAUACGACCAACUCUUCGAUAGUUUACAACCGUCUAACGGAUAUAUUCCUGGAAACAAAGUAAGGGGUGUCCUUAUGGACAGUAAGCUUCCAUUAGAUACGCUUGGAACGAUUUGGGAUCUUGCCGAUAUGGACAAAGACGGUAUGCUGGAUAGACACGAGUUCGUUGUUGCUAUGCAUCUAGUGUAUAAAGCUUUAGAGAAAUAUGCAAUACCAAGUGUACUUCCACCAGAGUUAAUGCCACCUGGGAAAAGGAAAGAUUCUACCGUGACAUCGGUAUCGAAAUCUCCUGUACCAAUGAGUGGAAUGACAACGGCUCCACCACCCAUUCCACCUUUACCUAAUGUUCCUUCGGUGAAGAGUAUGCCUGGUUUAGAUACAGCCAAGACGAACGUGCAGUGGGUAGUUUCGACCCAGGAUCAAAUAGCCGCGGAGAAACUAUUCUUGCAAGCUGAUUUGGACAUGGAUGGAUAUGUCUCGGGUAUUGAAAUUAAAGAUGUCUUCCUUCAAAGCGGACUUAAACAGACUGUACUAGCUGAUAUAUGGAGCCUUUGCGAUACGUGCGAAAGUGGAAAGUUGAACAAGGAACAGUUCGCUUUGGCCAUGUGGCUCAUUAAACAGAAACUUCGAGGCAUCGAUCCACCUGCUUCUCUGACUCCCGACAUGGUACCACCUUCUAUGCGAAAACCAUCCGAAACGGUCGUGGAGAACAACAACGUGUCCGGUUACUCGAAUCCAGAAUUGGAUAUGAUAAGCAAAGACAUAGCGGAGCUUGUAAGGGAGAGACAAACCAUGGAACAGGAUAUAGCUCAGAAGGAAGCGGACAUAAAAAUAAAGAGCGGCGAGAUAAAGAGUUUACAAAGCGAAUUGGACACGCUCGCGGCUACGUUGAAGCAGCUGGAAAAUCAGAAGGGCGAGGCGCAAAAGCGAUUGAACGAUUUGAAGGCUCAGAAGACAGAAGUAGAUAAAGAUUUGAGUGAUGUCGAGGAGAAGAUUCUCGAGGAACAAAAAAAGGUCGACAAAUUGCGUCAGCAAGCGGAGGAGCAGGAAUCAGUGUUGCGCGCCCAAGAGGAUGAGUUGAAUUCAAAGAGGCAAGAACUGGAAGGUUUGCGGCAAGAAGAGCAACAGUUGGAGCAGCAACAGAAUAAAAGCAGGGACCAAUUAAACGAGUUGACGAAGAAUUUGCAGGACACUCAGCUGCAAAUCUGUCAAGCUAAAGCGAAAAUCACGCAUCUGCAGGAACAGCAACGGCAGAUGAGUGACGCGAUCGCGCUUUACGAUUCGGCACUCGCGGCAGGAGAUGCCUCUCUUGUACCUGAUACUAGUCUGCAAUUUAAUCCCGAGAUCGAAGAUCCAGAGUACGAAAAGAAAAAAGAGGAAGAUAAAAAUAAGAAGGAAGUCGUAUUCUCUAACACGAACGGAACGACGGUAGAUGGUUUCGACCAAGAUCCUUUCGCAUCCAGCAAAGCUCAAGAAGCAUUCAGCGCAUCGACGCCGGACCCAUUCGGAACCGCGUUCCCAUCGCAAAAUGCUACCGGAUUCUCGUCCGAUCCAUUCAGCGCAUUCGAUGAUAACAACGCUGUAAAACAAGAUCCAUUCGAUCCGUUUGGAGAUGGAAAACGAACUGAUAAUAAGGCUAACGCAGCAGCAGCAACGAAAGAUCCGUUCGGAGACGAUCCGAAACAUGUUAGUAUUACGAAUUUCGAUGUACAGGUCGACAAAUUGCGUCAGCAAGCGGAGGAGCAGGAAUCAGUGUUGCGCGCCCAAGAGGAUGAGUUGAAUUCAAAGAGGCAAGAACUGGAAGGUUUGCGGCAAGAAGAGCAACAGUUGGAGCAGCAACAGAAUAAAAGCAGGGACCAAUUAAACGAGUUGACGAAGAAUUUGCAGGACACUCAGCUGCAAAUCUGUCAAGCUAAAGCGAAAAUCACGCAUCUGCAGGAACAGCAACGGCAGAUGAGUGACGCGAUCGCGCUUUACGAUUCGGCACUCGCGGCAGGAGAUGCCUCUCUUGUACCUGAUACUAGUCUGCAAUUUAAUCCCGAGAUCGAAGAUCCAGAGUACGAAAAGAAAAAAGAGGAAGAUAAAAAUAAGAAGGAAGUCGUAUUCUCUAACACGAACGGAACGACGGUAGAUGGUUUCGACCAAGAUCCUUUCGCAUCCAGCAAAGCUCAAGAAGCAUUCAGCGCAUCGACGCCGGACCCAUUCGGAACCGCGUUCCCAUCGCAAAAUGCUACCGGAUUCUCGUCCGAUCCAUUCAGCGCAUUCGAUGAUAACAACGCUGUAAAACAAGAUCCAUUCGAUCCGUUUGGAGAUGGAAAACGAACUGAUAAUAAGGCUAACGCAGCAGCAGCAACGAAAGAUCCGUUCGGAGACGAUCCGUUUGCUAAUCUUCACGCACCACCUCGCCCAGAGAGUCCUAGUCCUGCCCUUCCUCCUAAAAAGGCAAAGCAACCGCCGCCGCGACCAGCUCCUCCGCGACCUAGUCAAGGUCCUCCCGGUCCUUUACGAGCAGCACCGGCACCGCCUACACCUUCUCCCACACCCGAUCCCUUCGCGAACGCCAACUCCGAUCCUUUCUCUGCUCUACAAGACAUCAUGGACAACAAUAAUAGCAGUAGUUUUAAUACGUCUACCGGAUUCGCAGAUUUCGCAAAUUUCGACUCCAAGUGUUCCCAUACAUCGACCUGGCCGUAUCCUCUCCCGUCCCAGUUUUGUCAACUCCCAGUACGUUAUGCAUUCGUUAUCAUGUAUUUUCAAGAAAAGAACGAAAUGUAUUGGUACGACUUGUACAUAUCGUUUAAAAAUAGGUACAGAAAGUUCGUUCCUAAACGAAAAUUGACCACUGAAAAAAUGCUUCAGCCGGAACCAACACUGAAUCGAACGGCACCACCCAAAUCGACGAGCAGAACGCACGCGACGGUAACUCCAAAGCUGCCGGACUUCACGGAAGAUCCAUUCAGAGAUUAUCGGUACGAAGACCCGUUUAACAUACCGGAUCCCUUCGCCGACGAUACGGAGGACGUUAACGCGAACAAGAAUGAGGCACCGACGGGCAAGCUGGACCCGUUCGGUUACGGCACGACCGCGGUGGUUCCUCGUAAGAAUUCGUUUACGAAAAGCUUCGAUACCGAUUUCUCCAACACGUUCCCCCUGGCUAAGAACAAGUUCGACAACGGGAAGUUCGACGCGGACUUUGUGAAGGCGUUCUCGGACGACAACAGAAACAUAAAAACGAUCGAAUCCGACGCAUUCUCGAUCGCGAAAACGAAGACGAUCGACAUAGACGAGGCGUUCUCCGCGAAGAGCGAAAAGUCUGCCAGAAGACAAGAUUUAGCACACAGUAGAUCUAAAGCUGGCUUUAACGAUAAGAAGUUGAAGAACGAGAUGGACAAAGCUUGGAACGGUACCUUGCCUCUGACGCUCAGCGAAGAGGAGCAACUGUUCUGGGCGUCCCAGCAGAGUCUGAAGACCGAGGAGGAGAGGCGUAGACGCAAGCAACAGGAGGACGAGGAACUGGCUUUGGUACUUGAACUGAGCAAGCAAGAGAAAUCUAGGAAAUCAUGUGACAAGCCGCAGGGUUUGCUUUGUUUCGAAGGAGCAAUGGAAAUGGCUUGGCGAAUUGUUUCCCGAGACUGUUACAAGAAGGAUACGGAAUUCGUGCAGCAGCUGAUCUGUAAAGAUGGCCAAGCUCAACACAAACAAAUAGCGAUCAGUGAUCGCGAUGCGCUCGUUUUAUGGCUAACGCUGCACUUAAGAUUAUUUUUACAUUCAAAGAUAAAUGAGAAAGCGAUCUAUCUCGUCGAGUGGUCAAAAAUGGCUUAUGAUCCGCGUAACAUAAAGUAUUCAUCGGAGAUGCACAACCAUCAACAUAACCAGCCGAACAUGAGCGGAUACACGUACUCCGCGCACCCAGGGCAACACGUUCAACAGACGGACGAGAACAGAAACGAGAACAACUGUGGGAACAAAGAGGCCUGUUCACAGAUAUCUCGCCAGUCGUCUGGCACACAGACUAUCCAGAAAGUGGACGCAGCAACGAUGACCGAUCCCUUACAAAUAGACUUCAGGCUGACCUCCGAAUACCUGGCACGAUGCUCUAGUACGCUAGGGUUACCAUACGUAUCCAAGUACGAGGAGAAUAGCAAUAACUCGACGAACUGUCACGAUAUUCGGCCAAAGAUCGAGUUUGAAGUAGAGCCACAACAUAUCAAUGGUAUGUUAGUCUACCAUUGUCCGGAGUGUGCGUAUAAAUUCGAGGACAGAGAAGCGUUGCACGAGCAUUUAGAAGAUCACAGGCAACGGCCUCAUAUCUGUGAUAUUUGCGGUGCAAGCUUGAAGAGGAAGGAACAUCUGGAUCGUCACAAGCAAGGACACAACAAAGACAGGCCUUAUCAAUGCAACAUGUGCUGCAAGGCGUUCAAACGUAACGAGCAUCUCGCUCGUCACAUGAUCAUCCAUUCAGGUAGUAAGAAUCAAGUUUGUACAGAGUGUGGUAAGGCAUUUUAUAGGAAGGAUCACUUGAAGAAGCAUUUGCAAAGUCACAAUAGCGGUAGGAGCAAAAACCCGAACAGUUCGUCGCAGAAUAAUCAGAGUAGUCAGAAUAACGGUGAGGAGGGAUUGAGUAGUUUUGCAAUGAUGAUGAGGCAGGCUGGGCCGCCUCCUUUUUCUAUUUUGAGGACUUAAUACAUUUUUACCUUGGUACACCGAGACGUACGUGCAGUUGUUUUGUAAUCUAGGCAAUUUAUAUCGUAAGAGAUUGAUACAGCGAGCUUUACCAGAGUCACGUUCACGGAUAUGAACGAAGUAGUAGUCGAUGGUUCUGAGUUUUGCAGUUAUAUACAUACAUUAUUAAGAAGAUAUUAACUUUUACUAGAGAAAACGAAAUAACCAGGCUCUAAGAUAAUUCUGUACAUUUGAUAUCUCUCUUUUUAAUAUGCCUCUAACGUGCACAAUAUCUCUUGGAACAAGAGUGUACCUGUUGAGAGCAGUUCAUUGAAAUAUAUAGUGUACAUAUAUUUAGAUACAUUAAACGAUUUAUUUAUAAAAGAUAUUUAUAUAAAUUAUUCAAGCUUUUAUAUAUAUAUGAAUUACGAUUUGGGUCUAAGCCUUCGGCAGGCCGGCUUUCAAACACUUUCGUUUGUAAAAUAAUGGGAACCCGGUGCACAAAACGAUUCUUGUUAUGCUCAAACUGAUUAACGACGAGUUGUUACGACAAUGUAUAUACACUAGAUCUCUGGCAAGCAGUUAGAACUGAAAAAAACUGAAUGUGUUGAUCAGAAAUCUGUAUAUGUAAAAUGUUUUCGAUCCUGAUCGUUCUGCGUCCGACACAGAAUCGCGUUUAAUUCGAAAGAAGUAUCGAAAUUUUUAGUUUCCUAAAACGACGGCAUCGAUCAUCGGGUAACGUGCCUAAAAGGAUAUAUGCUUAUUCCAAUUUCAACCGAGAGGAACAUUGUCGAAUAGUUUUCAAAUCCGAACGCCGAAGUGUUUUACAAUCACUAAGUAGCGUUAUUGUUUUCUUUUUUAUUUCGUUUUAAUUUAUACCGUUUUGUAAAUAUUAUAUAGUUUCGAUUAUUACAAAUAUAUAUGUAUAGUAUUAACGCGUAUGUGCAUGGUUCGAGUCGUGAUCCUUUAAGAAUCGCAGCAAUGUUCCUUAAUGUUUAAAGUUGAGAGACACCGUGAUCUACGACCGUAGGGUUACGUUACGUUAAAUAGUAAUUUAAACAAUGCAGUUUGCAUCGCGCGAAUGUUACGGUAUGCGUGUGUGGCUAUUUCCAAGUGUAUAGAUACGCGUAUAUAAUAUAAAAAACUCUGCUUACACGUUCUAUACGCGUAUUUAUGCAUGCAACGUUGUUAUGUCGAAUCGGCUUCAACACUACGUAUUAUUUAUAUUUAUCAAGAUGGACCGACUACGGCUUUAUUAUGUAAUGCUUCCAACGUGUACGAAAUCGUACGCGCUACAUACGGUCUAAAAGAGAGAAAAAGCAUUUUGUUAUCAGUUGUAUCGAUUAGGAUUAAAUGAAUAAAACAUUAUUACAAAAAC